AUGAAAAGCGUUGAGAGGCUAUCUCUAAUACUCUCUACAACAUAUUUAAAUUCACAUUUACGUUUAUUAUCUUCCAGCUACGAUGCUCAGGACACUGUAAAGCUUAUCUACUGCAUUUUGGAUGAAAUUGCUGGAAGUGUAGAUCACCUAGGGGAAUGUCAGUUUACUGGUCUAUUGCCCCUUCUUUCCCGAGUUGAGAGUACAUUUAAGUAUCGUCAUUAUCAACUUUCACAAGCUUUGACAUCUGUUCUCAUGGAUGAUUUCUCCACAUGGUGUAUCUAUCGUCUAGUUGUGAUUGCCUGUCGUCCACAGUUCACAUACCAUUUACAAGUUGUUGGUGAUCUGAUGAGGUCGCUCAUGCUACUUCUUGAAAGACAUCACUUGAAAACAUAUCUCAAACACGCUGUACAUUUAGUGUCUGUUCUUAACGAUUUGUUGAAUACAAUGGAACGUUUUGAUCAAAGCGGUUCUGUUGAUUUCAGCUGGAUACUAAAAGCCCCCACUAAACCGAGUAUCAUUGUUCCUCUUGAGGAUAGUAAAUCAGAAGAGCUUAAAUUUCAUUGUUUGCCGAUCGAAUUAUCAGCUUUAAGGGAGGCAUAUCGACUAGUAUCUAUGCUAAGUUAUACAUUGGGCUCAUUGAUUGCCAGUUUUCAUGCUUACUUACCUUCUGUCGUCGAGCAUAUAUUUCAUAUUCUUUGUAUUGCUGUGGAACUAACUGACGUAUACGGUAAACAGAAAGCUUUAAAUGCGAUUUAUCAAGGUACCGAUGCAUUAAUCAACUUAGUUCAUGAACCAAUCUACAGAUCCACAACAUUAAGGUAUAUUUACUCUGCUAGUGGACUAGUUCUCACUUUUCUGAGUUCAUGGCACGAAAGAACUGUGAAUUUACCACCAGAUCUACUGAUCAUAGAUGAGUACACCAGCUUAGAGAAUACAAUUGUACUUUGUCUACGUUUGCUUAGUGUGAUUGAACAACGUAUUGUUAAACUGAACCAACCUAGUUAUGAGUGCUUUAAUCAUCAAAAGUUAUUAAAUAGAAUUUGUUUUCAACUACUAAAAAGUAACUGGAUAAAAAGCUCCGGUCAUCGGGAUCUUAAAUAUGCUCUAAUAGAUUACAAUUUACAUUUCUUAUCCAAAUAUCUGUUGUCUGAUGGGAAGAAUAUACUUUGCUUGUUACCUUCUAUUUCAAAUGUUGAUGAAGAAGUAAGCAGAUGUUUUGAAGGAGAUGAAUAUCUUUUCAAUCCACUUUCAAUUAUCAUACCGAUUGAGAUGUUUAACAUACAGUAUCAGUCCAUUAUAUCGAAAAUUCUGUCGUCUUGUGAUAUUAUUCAUGUUAAAGAGUUUCUUGAAGCCCAUGUGGUCAAAAGUCCUGUUCGUGAUGAUUUUACACAGGAAACCAUCAAAGAGUGGAUAGUAUUCACAAGGAUCUGGAGUGGUUUAUCAGAUCUUCAAACCUUCAUGGAAUUAAAAGAUGUAAUUCAAAAGUUAUCAACCCAAUCAUUUCAUGCUGUAUUCGAUUAUCUAACCAAAUCAAUUCACUUCAGUUCAACGGCGAAAGUUGUCGACGCAAAAAAGCUUGCAACUAUUCAUUUUGGUCUCCGUCUAUUAGUCAACGCUGUUAUUACUAUUCAGGAUUUCAGUCUUUAUGACGUAUCUGUAUUAAAAUCGUUGAUCACGUGGUUGAAAAAUUUAAAAUCCCAAAUAAAAUGCAAUGAGAAGUAUUGGAUUUAUAUUUGUGGACCUACAAUAUCAUUAUUUUGCUCGUUAAUGCUAUGGUUUUCAACGGCGAAUGUGAUGUCUGUAGACGAACUUUCGGAUAUUUUAAUUGACUAUAUCAUGAGCUAUAUAGUAUUAGAUAAAGAUCAUAUUGCUAUGUGGCUAUAUUAUCUACUUGAUAAAAUGUCGAAAUUCUCAUCGGAUAGAAAUUUCACAUUAGCAGUUAAACAAUGUCUAUUUCCUAAAUUAUUCAAGCAAUUGAAAACUAAUCAAUCCAUGGCAAAAUCAAUAAUACCACUGCUGUGUCGUUUUACAGUGAGCAUUCUAUGCAGUGUUAAUAACUGCCCUUCUGGCCCUUCAUUAUACUGUACAUAUAUGCAUAACAAAUUUGAUUUUCCUAAUGCAUCAACUGAGAACAACGCAGAAAAUUUGAGGAAUUUAUCUCUUUUCGAAUAUAUUGAACUUUUGUCCUACAUGUUCGAUCAAAGUAAAACAGUUGAAACUAUUGACGCUUUCAAGAAUGAUUUCGCUGUUUAUUUGGCCUCUCACAUGAAAUGGAGUUUCCUUUCAACUGAUCAAGUCCAAACUUAUUUUACUCUUAUCAUGGAGAAUUUAUUUGAAUUCACACCAUUCGUUGUUCGUAAGAUUUUCAGUGAUACAUCAAAUAAUUUGUCUGGAACAAAUUUAAAUUCCUGGAUCACUGUGCAUAAAUCUAUUAUGGAAUUGUUAAACAAUCAAUCCAAUGACAAGUUAACUGACACAUCCAAUAAUUCAACAGCCGAAUAUCAUACAGUGAUAUAUGGUGCUUUGGGCUGUUGCCUGGCCAGUCGUUAUGCUGAUUUUAUGUUUAAUCAAAAAUUACAAGUUAAUAACUAUGAAUUUUUUUAUGGACGUAUGUCUAGUGAAACACUCGCAAUUAAUGGUUCAUCAUGUACUACAUCUACUCAAGUUAUUGAUUUGCUUGUCGUUAUUCUAUCGAUUUUAUGUCGAUUGGGUUUAGUGCAUCAAUAUUCCCAUGGGCUUUUCGGUACAAUUUAUACACAGAUUCAUGAACUUAUAUCGCUACUUCGUCUACCAUCUGCACAAGUAAUCCGUCUUAGCGAUCACCAAUUAGCACAGGUUGUAGUCGAACACAUGGAUCAGUCUUUAUCUCAAGCCAUGGAAAGCCUUUCACGCUUAUUUCGGGUUGAUAAAAAGAUUUUACUCAAAGAACUGAUCCCAGCCUUAUUUAUUGCCCUGGUAAUACGUGGGAAUCAAGAGAGCCAUUUACGAAUUAGGCAACUUAUUUCAGAAGUACCUUAUCUUGAUAAUCAACAAGAUUAUAUUGGUAAAAUCGUUCAGCUGUGUGUUCUACCAGAAACUUUAGUUUACAUUUUUACUCGUACAUCGAAAGAUGAUCAAGCUGUACAUUUGGCGUUUCUUGAAGCUCAUCUUAAUAUGUCCAUCGAACGAAUAGCUCGUCUAAAUGAUAUUUCUCGUCUUAUGCAUCAGUUUAUCCUUCGACUUUAUCCUUAUCGUGUUGGGGCUUGUUUGGGACUACGAUGGAUCUCUUCAGUUAUCCUUCCACAGUGUGGAACACAAACUAGUCGUACACCAGUUAGUGGGCGGAACUUUGUUCUGGCUGAUUUCCUAGGACAUUAUGUAUGCGGAAUAUUAGCAUUUUUUGAUAAUAUGCUGUUAAAUGAUGACGUCAUACUUGAACAUCGUUGGUCAGCUUUGCGAAGUUUAGUUGUAUUCAUCAAACUUCUUGGUUCAAAUCAUGUUACGCGUAUGCGAGCGAAAUUUAUGGCUAAUCUCAAAAUAUGCAUGCGUUAUAACACACCACCAUUUGGAAAAGUUGUUGUAAAAGCAUGGCGUAGCUUUAUACGCAUGUUAGAACCAGAAUCAUUAGAUGAAUUACUUCCUGACUUGGGUGCUACUCUCGUGGGACUUUUGCCUAGUGAUCCGGAACAAGUGGUAGAUUUGUUUCAUUAUCUUUUCUUAGAAAAAAGAGAACAAAUCGGAAAUCGACUAUCGUGUUUAUUCUUUCUGCCUCGAUUACCUACUUUAUUGACAUGUCAACAAAUUCUGGAUGAUUUAUGUCCAUGGCGUGCAACUUUUUUCAUAAAUGGUGUGGACCUUACCGAAUUGGAAAUCCAUCAACCCCUUACGGCAUGGUUAUCAGCUUUAACACAUUCUAGUAGGUCCGUUCGAAGACUUACUCUAACAUCAGAAGUAAAUUUUGGAUCAAACGAUCAACACGGAAAAAUUCUGCAAUCUCGCUUAUGGGGUUUGCCAAGUUUAAUUGACCGUUCGAUUUCUUCAACAAAAGGGAGUGAGAUCCGAAGCAUGUCUUCAGAUACGACACACUCUGCGGAUUCUAUUUGUGGGGUUUCGUUUCGUGGAAAUACAGCACUGUUUGCUGAUAUUGUUGCUUCAUUACUGGAAGGUCUUACUAGAGAUACUGAUGAAAAAAUGAGACUGUUAUACGCACAAUGGCUUGGUAAUCUAGGAGCAGUCGAUCCUUGCAAGUUAUAUUUAUCUAAUGGGGAAAUAAAAACUAGACAGAACGAAAAAGAAUCCAUUGUAUUUGUAAAUGAUCGUCGUUUUCCAUUUCAUAUUCUAUGCGAAUUAGCGAAUAUAUAUCUACGUGCUGCUAGUCCCAGACAAUUGGACUCAGCAGCUUUAGCUGUUCAAGAAUUGUUGAAGUUAUUCAAAGUACCAGACGUCGGGAAAUCAAACAAUUUAUCAUCUUCAACAACUCAAGAAUCUGUAGAUAAUUCACUCAGCUCAUUUUUUUGGGGUUCCGAAUUAUGGAACUUGUUUCCUGAACAUUUACGUGACCUUUUUGCACCACUUCUUACUUCUAGAUAUGUUGUUGAAUCAUUUAUCAACUGGUCGGCUAUACGUGUACCAAUCAUUUUACACCAAGUUGAUUUAACUUACGAAUCGUGGAUACGUUUAUGGUCUGGUUCUUUGAGUAGUCAUAUUACAUCUCCUGUUGUUUUUAAUAUCUUUCAAUUUUGUGAACCUGUUGUGAAAGCUGAUGCAACAUUUGCUAGAUUAAUGCUGGAACACUGUGCAUUACAGGUCCUACUAGAUAAUUCACAAAGUGGAAUAUCUGCACUUAAUUCCGAAAUCCUAGCUGUAUUCACGGAAGUAACUGAAUCAAUUCAUGAGAGUGGAAGUCAUAUUGAAUUUGAUGGUCUUUUGAAAAAUGUUAAUCUUCAUGAAAAUCAUCCUUCAAGUUAUCGACCUUGGCAACCUUGGUUCCCGUUGUCUGUUCAGACAAUUUUCAGUUUGUUGGAUUAUUUAAGACAUUGGUUACGGAUUCAACAAGAAUAUCAAGCAACAAAGUCAACUGGAAAAUCUGGCACUACUGUUCAGAAUGUCCCUGUGGAUGUCACUACUCUCCAACAUGCUGUAGCAUCGUCUGAGGGUAUCGAUCGUGUUUCCUCAUUUCUUAAGAAUAUUCCUAAUUUAUUGCAAGCUAAGGCCAGUCUUCGUUGUGGCAGCUUCGCUAGAGCUUUGUUACACUGGGAACUAGCAUACGGUGAGGAUACACAGGCUCAACAAUCGGCAUUUGUCACUGGCACUGCUAUUUGCCGAUCUAAUUCUGACCGUACUCUUGGAUUUACGAAAACGUCUUCAGACCAAGUUGGAAUGAAUCCUGUUUUAUCUUCUGAUAUACAACCUACUCUGCAGUUCUCUGUUGGGCUUGGCAAAACAAGUCUAACAAUCCUUGUCGGUCUGCUUGAUACCUAUGCAUCUUUACACGAUUCAGAUGGUUUAGCAGGUGUCUUAUCAGCUACUCAAUUAGCGUUUACCGCUUUCGAGCAUGAAGUUACUAAGGAAAAAGAACAUGAGUCAAAUGCUUGUAAAAAAAAUAACAAGUUGUCAAGUGAUACAUCACAACGGUUUUCGCUGCUUCGUGCUCUAGAAUUAGAAAAUGAGGGACAGCUAGAUAUGGCAGCUGCUGCAUAUGAACAUAGCUUAGCUACUUCUGAUUCGAAUUACCGUUGUUCACAAAGUCAGCAACCUUCUAAAGAAAUUCGAGAUAACCAACAUUUACUAAUGUACAGUGGUCUGUUUCGUUGUGAACUUCCUGAUCCAGCUAGAUUACAUGGUCUGGUUGAACGAGCCGGUGCUCUUGUGAGAAAAUCCAAGUCUCAUUUGAAUACUUAUUGGAAUAAAACUGUUUGGGUAGACUGUCUCAACGCUCACCGUGCUGAAGCAGCUUGGCGGUUAGGUGACUGGGAUACUCUACAAGAAACUACUAAUAUGAACCUCCUUGAAUGCUCCUGGUCAGUUGGACUAGGGCGGUUAUUUUUGGCAAUGAAAGAUAAGCGAACAUCUGAUUGGUCAAAAAUCUUAGCCCGUUUAAGAAUAGAUCAAGUGACUGAACUUGGUGCUGCUGCACUUGAAGGUCCUGGUGGCUAUACACGUGCUUAUGAUACAAUAGUUCGUCUAAGCUCUUUAUCUGACAUUGAACUGAUCAAUUCUUUAGGUGAUGUUAUCAUUAGUGAAAUUCGAAAUCCGACAAGUUGCCGAUCUUCUGACAGUCAUCUUUCAAAUACCGUUGAGACGUCUUUAAAAUUAUUAGAAACUCGAAUUCGUGUUAGUCGACCAACUUUUCAUACAUUGGAACCGGUUUUGGCUAUCCAACAUGCAGCUUUACAGCUUAUCACUUCGGCUCUCAGCUCGUUGAAUACCGAUACAUAUCAACUAUCUAAUCGAGAAGUAUUGAAUGCUAUAAUUUCUCGAUUACGUACUGCCCUAGGUUAUAAUUGGCUAGAACGUGCUAAACUAGCAAGAAAAUCUGGACAAUUUAUGGCAGCUUAUACUUGUGUUCUUCGCGCUGAAGACUUUGGAAUUCCAGACGCUCUACUUGAAAGAGCUAAAUUAUUAUGGCAGACUGAUAAAAGAGAAGCUGCUCAAGCAUGUUUGGACAAGGGCAUACCAAAUGUUUUCGGCUGUGGUAUUUCGAAUGUCCAUAACAACUCAUCCAAUGGGAAUAUUGAAGUUUUUACAGAAUAUCGAACCAUUUCCGCACAACAGGCUUUGCUAUUACGUAUUCGUUAUUGUGAAGAAACAAAUAGAUAUGAUUUCGAAACUACUGGAAAACUCUAUGAACAAGUUUGCAGUUUUAAUUCAGGUUAUGAAGAGGCUCAUUUCCGUCUUGCACGGUAUGUUGACAGAGCUCGGAAUCAAGCAGUUGGCUGCAAACAACAAAAUGCACUGAUCAAAGUAGCCUUAAAACACUAUGGUUUAGCUUUGAGCUAUGGUAGCCAAUUUAUCUACCAGUCAAUGCCAAGAUUAUUGACAUUAUGGUUGGAUUAUGGUCAAGAUUCUGUUCGUAAUUUUCAUGAAUUGAAUAAGCCUCAAAAAAACGCUGAAGAAAAUAAUCCACAAUCAGAACAAAAAGUUUUUAAUGAAGUUCAAGAGCUCAUGCGCAUUAAUUGUCAGAAAAUUCCUGUUUAUCAAUUUUACACAGCUCUUAGUCAACUAUUAUCACGUGUUUGCCAUGAAGUCCCAGCCGUAGUUACUACGCUAAUCGAAUUAGUAGUUCGAAUUUUUGAAGCUUAUCCUUUGCAGACUAUGUGGUUUUUGAUCCCUCUGAAUGAUUCUACUGUCCGCCAGAGAAGAGAUCGUUGUCAGCAGAUUUUUAACUUGAUUAAAACAAAACAACCGCAUUUGUCGAAAUUUAUCGCUGAUUCUAUCGCUUUAUGUAAUCAUUUGAAAACAGUAUGCGGGUUAUUCAUGACAACUGACCGACGAGAACUCUGUAAUUUUAGUUUACGUCAAACUGUGCGUCCAAUUACACGUCUUAUUGAAAGCAGUGACUUUUCACGUAUUCUCAUACCAAUUCAUCGUCAACUAGUUCCUAAUCACUUACUACCCAACGCUACUUCGGAACAAAUUGCUCAUCACUGGCCAUUUGCUGAACAAUCGGAUAGAUUAGUUUGUCUUGCACAUAUAGAGGAUACUGUAGAAAUAUUGGGAUCACAGACUAGACCGAAGAAAAUGACAUGGGUUGGGUCAGAUGGUAGGGAGUAUAUAAUUGUUGCCAAACCGAAUGAUGAUCUUCGUAAAGAUUCUCGAUUGAUGGAACUAAAUGGAAUGAUUAAUAAAUUUUUAGUUAUCAAUGAAAAUACUCGACGACGUGCUUUGCAAAUUCGUACAUAUGCAGUAAUUCCCUUAAGUGAAAAAGGUGGUUUAAUUGAAUGGGUCCGUAAUACACAGCCAUUUCGGUCCAUCAUCACACGUUUGUAUAAUGAGAUUGGUAAGCCAAUCAAUUGGGCUAAUAUGAGUCGUGUAGCACCUUUACUUGAAGAUCCUUUAUCAGUAAAACGUGAUAAAUACUUAAAUAAAUGGUUACCGAUGUUCCCACUGGUCUUUUAUAAUUGGUUUCUAGGCACGUUUAACAAUCCAAGUUCCUGGUAUUCAGCAAGGGAAUGUUAUGCACGUACUUGUGCAGUUAUGAGCAUGGUUGGUUAUGUUCUCGGUCUUGGAGAUAGGCAUACAGAGAAUAUACUGUUCGAUUCUAUAUCUGGUGACCUUGUUCAUGUUGAUUUUUCGUGUGUUUUCAAUAAUGGUCUUACAUUACCUUGGCCUGAACGUGUUCCAUUUCGUUUAACUCGUAAUAUGGUUCAUGCAAUGGGUCCAACAGGUUAUGAAGGUACAUUCAGACGUUGUUCGGAAGCGGUUAUGCGUUUAUUACGUCACGAAAUCGACCCAUUCUUGGCAGUGUUCCGUCCAAUUUAUUUUGAUGCUGUCGUUGAACAAACUGGAAGUGCGCGAAGCAACGUGUUCCAUGGUGGCGGAAGUUCUGGACGCACUCGCCGUGGUGGCUCAACAACGGAUGGUGGAACAUUAUCCGAUUUAGACUUAACAGAACGUGCUACCAGAGCAGCUGCAGAAAAAUUAGCUCGCAUGGAAGAUCGUCUAAAAGGUAAAAUUACAGAACAUGAUGGAUUCAGUCAAAUCUUACCUAUGUCUGUGGAAGGACAAGUGGAUACUUUAAUCAAAGAAGCAACUGAUGUUGAUCGACUCUGUCAAAUGUACAAAGGAUGGAUGCCGUUCCUAUAAAUUUACUUGAAUUCUUUGAUUUUUCAAAAGAUAUAAUCUUGCUGUUUUUUUGAAUAUUAUUGUCACUAAAAAUUAAUAAGACCUCUCUUUCUCAUGUUAACUCAUUUGUAUAUUUAUUACGGCAAAUUCCCUUGUUCAUUUUUUGCUUGUUUCAUUUUAUAUUGGAUAUGUACAGUACAAAGUAUGAUAAAU